UCAUGUUUAACAUGGAUUUUAUUGAAAUAUAUUUGCUUAUAUUUCUUCUUUUAAUCUUUGUUAUCACCAAGCUCUUGAAUCGAACAAGAUGUAAACACAUGAAUCUCCCACCAAGUCCACCAACUCUUCCCAUUCUAGGCCAUCUCCAUCUCCUCAAGGAACCCUUCAACCGGUCCCUCUUUGCCCUCUCGCAAAAACACGGUCCAAUCUUUUCCCUCAGGCUCGGUUCACGCCUCGCGAUUGUUGUAUCAUCCCCGUCGGUUGUCGAGGAAUGCUUAACCAAAAACGACGUCGUUUUCGCAAACCGUCCUUACUUCUGGGUUGGCAAGUACAUCGGCUACGACUACACCACCCUCGGCUCGUCCCCUUACGGUGACCAUUGGCGAAACCUUAGACGAAUAUGCAAGUUCGAAAUCUUCUCCGCCAAUCGUUUGAACUCAUCUUCGAGUAUUCGACGAGACGAAAUCAAGAACUUGUUGCGGAAACUGUAUUAUUCUUCAAGUGACGAUAACUUUGUCAAGGUAGAGUUGAAACCAUUGCUGUCAAAGCUAGCGUUUAAUAUAACACUGAGGAUGAUUGCAGGCAAGCAACAUAAACCGGAAGCAGUAAAGCUUCAUGGUCUCCUACAGGAGCUUCUGAAGCUGGGGAUCUCACCAAAUGUAGGAGAUUUCUUUCCAUUUUUACAGUGGGCUGAUUUCUUUGGAUACAAGAAGAAAGUGGUGAAAUUAACGAGAGAAAUCGAUGGAUUAUUGCAAGGUUUGGUCGAUGAGCAUCGAAGGAGCAAAUAUGGUUUCGAGAAGGAGGAUACGAUGAUCAGCCAUUUGCUUCGUUUGCAAGAUUCGGAAGCUCAGUAUUAUACUGAUGAAAUUAUCAAAGGGAUUAUCCAGGAUAUGUUACUUGGAGGAACCAACACCGUAGUUAUAACAUUAGAAUGGUCCAUGUCUCAUUUACUCAACAAUUUAAACAUAAUGCAAAAGAGUAAAUCCGAACUAGAUUUCCACAUCGGUCACGGUAGAUUGCUAGACGAAACCGAUCUCCCGAGACUACGUUAUCUACAAAACAUAAUCUCAGAGACCCUCCGAUUGAACCCGGCAGUGCCACUUCUUGUUCCCCACGUCUCGUCUGAUCGUUGUAACUUAUUAGGGUACAACAUUCCCAAGGGUACAAUGUUGCUAGUGAAUGCAUGGGCGAUCCAUAGGGAUCCAAAGGUAUGGAAUGAGGCAACAUGUUUUAAGCCAGAAAGGUUUGAGAACGGUCGGGCAGAGGGUUAUAAGAUGAUGCCGUUCGGGUUAGGAAGAAGGGCUUGUCCCGGAAUGGAUUUAGGCCAACGUGUUGUGGGAUUGGCUUUAGGGUCAUUGAUUCAAUGCUUUGAGUGGAAAAGAGUAAGUUCAAAGAAAAUUGUUAUGGCGGAAGGGAAAGGACUAAAUUUACCAAAAGCUAAGCCUUUAGAGGCCUUCUGCAAAGCUCGCAACACUGCAAAGGAGCUACUUUCAUGAAUAGUUAUGGUAUUCGUUUUAUGUCAGCUGUCAACUUUUAGUUUUAGUUCCUCUACUAUAUUUAAAAUUUGGAUUUAGUCCUUAUAUUCUAAUUUAGCAUAUAAUGUCAUUAAGUAGUAAAAAUAAGGUUAAAUUCUACUA